AUUUGUUGCCUACUUACACUGCUUGGAUUGAUUAACUGUCGGCCUGCAUUUGAGCGCGUUUAGUCUGGCUCCAUUUUACAGUGCAUCUUCUGGGGAUCAGUCCUGUCCAUCGUUAUCAGCGCGAUGGCUGAUUUUGUUUUUGGUUUACAUUUGAAGACUUGUUCUUGGUUGUUACUGUUUUGGGAUAACGCUUCCGAUCAUUCUUCUUUGGAUAUGUUCUUCGGGGCUGGGAUUUUGUUUUACUUUGGGCGUGCCUUUCCAGUUUCAGGGCGUAAGCUGCAUUUAUCUGCUGCGUGUUGCUGCUGCGAUUCCUGCGGGCUUUUUUUUUUUCACCUUCUGUCUGUCUUUUUGAUGAUACCAUUCUGCGAUCACUGUUUCGCCCCGGGACUGCUGGUUGACUCUCUUUUUUGGCUUGGCUGGGCUAGAUCAGCCGUCUUACUAGUUAUUAUCCUCCUAUCGUGAUAGACAUACCAUAAACCUUGACAGUAUACAAAUACAGUGGACGUACUUUGAA